AAAUUAUGUAGUACUCUAGUAUAUAAAAAAAGUGAAAAGUAUAUAUUUUAAUUAGUUAAAAAUUAAAUUAAUCGGGUCAUUCUCCUUUUUCAUCUUAGUUCCGAAUUUUAGAAAAGCAUGUAAAAUAGGCAGAAAAGUUUUAUUUAGAGGGAAUUAUGAGUGAAUGACGAAUCCUCGAUAUCGCAGCAAAUUCACACUUUUCAACACAGUUUCUUUCGAUUCUGCGACUGUUCUUCGCCGGAGUUGACAACAGAAAAUUCAAAUCUUCUCCCCGCACACUCAGCGCACUCAGAGAAGGUGUUCUUGUCUUCGGUGUGUAUUUUAUGAAUUUUCUGCACAGAUUGGGACAGGAUUUUCUGGUCCAUAAAUCAGUUGGAGAUGUUUUUCAAAUGAGGUCAUCAUCAUCAAGGGAAAUUACAUUCAUAUUCAACUUUAUUUCAUUGUGACAAAGGAAAAUUGUGUUCUAUUUUACUGUUGGAAUUGCUGGGAUUACACAUUACGUCACACCUUCAGUAAUUUGCAUUUGAUUUAUCAAGAGAGUAACCAUUCAAGUACAUGAUUUUUAGACAUAGCUGAAAGUUCACCAUGCCUCGUAAGGUGAAUUAUGGAGUUAACUACGAGGAAGAUUUUGAUUACUAUGAAGAUGACGGUUAUGACUAUGAUGAUGAUUAUGCAGAGGGAAAUGGUGCGCCGCCAGAAACAAGGUCAAAACAGGAGUCGGUUAAGGCUGGGGUUUGGCGUUGUCCCAUUUGCACAUUUGAUAAUGAAGACACUAUGAAUGUAUGUGAUAUAUGUGGAGUCCUUCGUAAUCCAUUGGUCAAAAAUCGUGUCAGCAGUAAAGAAAAUGCAGUUGGUGGCAUAUGUAAAGGUUCUGGAGCAUCUGUAAUGGCCGAGUCUCUAUUUCCAUCACUGCUGCUUCAGAAAGCAAAAAAUGCUAUAAACUUUGAAGCACUGAAUAACUCUUUUAAGACUGAAGAUUGCUUUAACUUCUACAAGCCUGGAAAUAUAUGUGGACAGUUUCAUGAUUUGCACAGAGCUUUUUGCUCUCAAAGCCACUGCAAGAUUAAUAUAGUACCUUUCAAGUUUGACUCUCCAUCUCCAGACGAUUUAGUACUGAGUGGAAUAACACCAUCCAGAUUACGUCCCAAAGCUGAUACUAGCAAGACUUUACAGUUAAAUAUCCCAUCAAAUAACAAAGAAGUGAGUGCAGAAGUUAAAAAGGAAUUGGCUGCUGAAGGGCAUCCAAGCUCUUCAACAUCAUUAGCAAAAGUUAAACAUGAUGAUCUGAAGGAUAGUGGUUCUUCUUCGAAAACUAGAGGAAAUAAUGGUCUAACAAGCAACUUGAACAAUAUGUCUAUAUCGUCAAAGCUUCACAAUGUGGCUAUUGUAAAGAGUGACAGUGCAACAUCAAGCUCAAAGAAUAAGCUUCAGAAAAUUGUACAGCCUCCUCAAGCAGAAGACAACUUCAACCAGCUAAAUCUUGCAAUUGUUGGACAUGUGGAUUCGGGGAAAUCAACACUGUCAGGAAGGUUACUACACCUUUUGGGGCAGAUAUCCCAUAAGGAAAUGCACAAAAAUGAAAAAGAGGCUAAGCAGCAAGGGAAAGGAUCAUUUGCUUAUGCUUGGGCAUUGGAUGAGAGUGCUGAAGAAAGAGAGAGGGGAAUAACUAUGACAGUGGGCGUUGCCUACUUUAACACAAAAUGUUACCGUGUUGUUCUGCUUGAUUCUCCAGGCCACAGGGAUUUUGUCCCAAAUAUGAUAUCUGGUGCUACACAAGCAGAUGCAGCAAUUCUUGUAACUGAUGCUUCAGAAGGUGCAUUUGAAGCAGGUAUUGAUGCUACUGGAGGUCAGACGAGGGAGCAUGCACAACUUAUCAAAAGCUUUGGGGUGGAUCAGAUUAUAAUUGCUGUUAACAAAAUGGACACAGUGGGAUACUCCAAAGAACGAUUUGACGCAAUUAAGAAACAAUUAGGCUCAUUUCUCCGUGCUUGUAAGUUUAAAGAUUCUUCAGUAGCAUGGAUUCCCCUAAGUGCCAUGGAAAACCAAAAUUUGGUGACAGGUCCAUCAGAGUCACGGUUGUUGUCCUGGUUUCAAGGUCCUUGCCUAUUGGAUGCAAUAGACUCUCUCCAACCUCCUCAAAGGGAUUACUCGAAGCCAUUUUUAAUGCCAAUAUGUGAUGUUGUAAGAGUGCAGUCUCAAGGACAAGUGUCAGUAUGCGGUAAGUUGGAGAGGGGAGCUCUUCAAACUGGAAACAAGGUUUUAGUUAUGCCAUCUAGAGAAAUGGCGACAGUGCGUUCUUUGGAACGUGAUUCUCAGGUUUGUAACACCGCAAAAGCUGGAGACAGUGUCACUAUCAAUCUACAAGGUAUUGAUGCAAGUCAUGUGAUGGCGGGGGGUGUCUUGUGCCACCCUGAGUUCCCUGUUCCAGUUGCAAAUCAUUUGGAACUGAAGGUCCUCAUCCUGGACAAUGCCAGUCCAAUUUUAAUUGGCUCUCAGUUGGAAUUUCUUGUACACCACACUAAGGAGGCUGCAAGAGUUGUGAAGAUUUUGUCAUUGCUUGAUCCGAAGACCGGAAAAGAGACUAAGAAAUCACCUCGAUGUCUUCUGGCAAAGCAGAAUGCUAUGAUUGAGGUGGUUUUGCAAGGAGUUGUUUGCAUUGACGAGCAUUCUAAUUGUAAAGCUCUUGGAAGGGUGUCCCUCCGAUCAUCAGGAAGAACCGUUGCCCUUGGUCUGGUCACCCGAGUUAUAGGGAAGCAGGAAUAAAAACACAACACAGCAGCAAAGGUUCAUGUGAAGAUCUGUAGCUUGAAAGAGAAACCACAUGGACAGCAAAAGCUGCCUAAAUUUAUCAUCUACUGCAAAGUGAGCGACUGACACACUCUUUCUAUUUCUAAGAGAAAAGUGGGAAUCCAUGGUGGGGCUAGUCAUGUUUUACAUGUACAUUACUUCUAUUCUGAUAGGAUUCUUUUUCUUGUUCUUUAGUACUACAACUAUAAUUUUAUUCAGCCCCUUUCUUUAUGUACUAUUAAUUAAGAGUUAAUACAUAAAUAUCACCCUAAAUUUAACACCAAA